AUGCAUCCAGCUAUCUACACAGGGCUACUCUGCACCCUAGCUGCACCCACCCUGGGUGUAGUCUGGGAGAGUCUGGGCGGAGGCGUACCUAGCAGCUGGAAUCUCAAAGAAACUCCCUCAUCAGACUCAACAAUGGCCCUUUCCAUCGCGUUGAGCCGCCAGAACCUGGACCAGCUAGAAUCGAAAUUGACCAAGCUCUCAACCCCCGGCGAGGCCGAGUACGGCCAAUGGCUCCAAAAACACGAGAUAGACACCCAAUUCCCCGUCGUGGACGAUACAGCCGUGGUGAACUGGUUGAAGAGUGCCGGAAUCUCGAAUUUCGCCCGUGAUGGCGCCUUGCUCAAUUUCACUGGUAGCGUUGAGAUUAUUGGCCAGCUGCUCAAUGCCAGCUUUGCUUAUUAUAGUAAUGGUGAUUUGGUCAAGUUGCGCACGACUGAGUAUUCGAUUCCUGAUGAUCUGACUAGCUAUAUCGAUCUCAUUUCGCCCACUGUUUUCUUUGGCAAGACUCGAAGUGCUGUUCCGGUGCCGUCGCCUUUGCAGAAGGUGCAGGAGCGCAGGGCUUCUUCGACUGAGAUCUCGCCCGCUUGUCAGACUUCUAUUACACCUUCUUGUUUGAAGGAGAUGUAUAAUGUUGGUGAUUAUACGCCCGAGCCUGCGGCCGGUAGUCGUGUUGGAUUUGCGAGUUUCUUGAAUCAAUCUGCGUCGUACUCUGAUCUGGCGGAUUAUGAAUCUCGCUUCAAUAUCCCAUCGCAGAGUUUCACCGUUGAGCUGCUUAAUGGAGGAGUGAAUAAUCAGAGCGCGAGUAAGAGUGAUAUUGGCGAGGCCAAUUUGGAUGUGCAACUUAUCGUUGCUGUUUCGCACCCUUUGCCCGUUCAUGAAUUUAUUACUGGUGGCGUUGCACCUUUCCUUCCUGAUGCCGACGAGCCUACCGAGGCUGAUGACGAGAACGAGCCAUAUCUGAUUUUCCAUGAGUACUUGCUCUCUAAGACCAAUGACGAGCUGCCUCAGGUUAUUUCCACCUCCUAUGGAGAUGAUGAACAGACUGUCCCCGAGAAGUACGCCAAACGCGUCUGCAAUCUCAUCGGCCUAAACACACUACGCGGAUUGACUAUCAUCCACUCUUCCGGUGACGAAGGCGUUGGCUCAGCCUGCCAGGCCACCGACGGCGUAACUCCCCAAUUCAACCCAAUCUUCCCAGCAACAUGUCCCUACGUCACCGCAGUCGGCGGUACAUCAGACGUGAGCCCGGAAGUAGCCUGGAACGCCUCGUCUGGCGGGUUCUCCAACUACUUCUCUCGGGCUUGGUAUCAGAACUCCGCUGUCGAGAAAUACCUGACCAACAUCACCCACGAAACAAAGGAGUAUUACUCGAAGUAUGCUGACUUCAAGGGUCGUGGAUUCCCAGAUGUUUCUGCCCACAGUUUAUAUCCCGAUUACCAAGUCAUUACUGCCGGUAAUACCUCCGCCUCAGGUGGAACAUCCGCUGCGGCACCUACAUUCGCUGGUAUCAUCGGUCUCCUCAAUGACGCCCGUCUGCGCGCUGGCAAGCCGGUUCUUGGUUUCUUGAAUCCGUUCUUAUACUCGAAGGGAUUCAAGGCGCUGAAUGAUAUUACUGCCGGCGCUUCUUAUGGAUGUGGUGGUAUUGAUCCGCAGAGCAAUCGAGCUGUGCCUGGUAGCUUGAUUAUUCCUGGUGCGCAUUGGAAUGCUACUGAGGGCUGGGAUCCGGUUACUGGACUUGGGACGCCUAAUUUCCAGGAAUUGAAGAAGCUGGUGUUGGCUCUGUGA